UCACUCACGGAUUCAUGAGAGAGAGGCGACGGGAAACAGGGGGCGCGCGCAGGCACUGAAGAGAGGAAAAAACGAACGCGAGCAGAGCACCGUGAUGUAUUUGGGGUGCUCGUGAGCCAGAAAAAUACUGCAUUGAGGGGGCAAUAAGGCAUUGUUUUCCGAGAGUACGCGCAAAUAUCGCGGUACCGUCAGCUCGAAGCAAGGAGAUUAUCCCAGAGAAGAGCGAACGAGGGGCUGGAGGACGGAGCACCAAUCCCGGAUGGCUAGGCGCGGCUGCUCGCGCUCUCUCCCACCCUGACCCGGGAGAGACACACGGACCGUGGGCACGCUCGGGGGCUUCACGUGAACCCAACCGGAGCUCGUUAACCCACAUUCGCCCUUUCUGUCGUUUUAUAUCUCGGCCUGUUUCCGCUGUGAAUCUUGUGUGGCGCACGGGACCGACCAUAAACAAACAAGGCAGCUGCUCGGGUGGGAGAGUGUUCAGCAAGCGACCUCUGAAGGGUGUGUGUCUGCGUUGUUACUGCGUUAUUCAGCCCAUUAGAGAUCAGCUGGACUGUAAGUGUUUGUGUGUGGAUAAAACAGGUCUGGGAUGUGGCUGGACUAGAGUGAGAGUCCAAGGAACCAGCGGCAUUAUGGGAUGUAGCAGGACUGUGCAGUGACCCCGCUUAUUGGAAGGAAACACUGUGUAAAGGAACAGGCACACUAGCCUGAACACACGCACACGCAUCCUCUUAUAUAUAACCUACGCACACACACAUCCCAGCAGCCAUGCCUGUCUUCAGUGGCCUGUUGAAGGUGCGAGUGUGUGAGGCAGUUGAUCUGAAGCCCACACCUUGGGCCCUGCGUCACGCUGUAGGGAAGAGUGGCUCCUUCCUGCUGGACCCAUACCUGGCCCUGAAUCUGGACCAUACCCGGCUGGGCCAGACCACCACUAGGACCAAGACCAACAGCCCCGCCUGGCACCAGGAGUUUUGCACUGAGGUCCGUGAGGGAAGGAGUCUGGAGCUGUCUGUCUUCCAUGAUGCACCCAUCGGAUAUGAUGACUUUGUGGCCAAUUGCACCAUCCAGUUGGAAGACCUGCUGCAGAACGGGACUAGGCACUACGAGGACUGGAUUGAUUUGGAGCCGGAGGGGAAGGUGUACGUGGUCAUUGAUCUGUCCGGAUCCUCCACUGAAGCCACGGGGACCAAUGAGAAUGAGGAGCGGGUGUUUCGAGAGAGGAUUGGCCCUCGCCGGCGACAGGGCGCCGUCCGAAGACGCGUCCAUCAAGUCAACGGACACAAGUUCAUGGCCACAUACCUGAGGCAACCAACCUACUGCUCACAUUGCAGAGAUUUCAUCUGGGGCGUGCUGGGGAAGCAGGGAUACCAGUGUCAGGUGUGCACGUGUGUCGUCCACAAGCGCUGCCAUGAGCUCAUCAUCACCAAGUGUGCCGGGAUGAAGAAGCAGGAGGACACACCUGAGGAGGUGGGUUCACAGCGGUUCAGUGUUAACAUGCCCCAUAAGUUCAGUAUUCACAACUACAAGGUGCCCACCUUCUGUGACCACUGUGGCUCCCUGCUGUGGGGCCUCAUGAGGCAGGGCCUGCAAUGCAAAGUGUGUAAGAUGAAUGUGCACAGGCGGUGUGAGUCCAAUGUAGCUCCUAACUGCGGUGUGGAUGCCCGAGGAAUCGCCAAGGUCCUGGCUGACCUCGGAGUCACGCCUGACAAGAUCUCCAACACCGCACUGCGCAGAAGGAAGUUGACUCCAGGGCAGGACCCUCCCCAGUCUCCUCCUGAGCUCUCCCAGACUGAGGACAACAGCUUCAGCCAGACAGCUGUCCCCACCUCCCCCUCACAGCAGGACUUGGCACAGUUAGUGCGCCUGCAGGACGCGCUGUCGCUCGACCAGCAGGGACCCCAACACACUUCUUCCUCCUCCUCCUCCUCUUCCUCCUCCUCCACCACCUCCUCCUCAUCCUCCUCCUCGGCAGGCAGGGAGAAUGGACAGAUCCAGAGAAGGACCCUCAAGGACUUCAACUUCAUCAAGGUUCUCGGCAAAGGCAGCUUCGGCAAGGUGAUGCUGGCUGAGCUGAAGGGGACAGAGGAAGUUUUCGCUGUCAAGGUCUUGAAGAAAGACGUGAUCCUGCAGGACGAUGACGUGGACUGCACCAUGACCGAGAAGCGCAUCCUGGCACUUGCCCGCCGACACCCCUACCUCACCCAGCUGUACUGCUGCUUCCAGACACGGGACCGUUUGUUUUUUGUUAUGGAAUAUGUGAACGGAGGCGACCUGAUGUUCCAGAUUCAGCGAUCCAGGAAGUUCGAUGAGCCUCGCUCUCGUUUCUAUGCCGCAGAAGUCACCUCAGCCCUCAUGUUCCUGCACCGCAACGGGGUCAUCUACAGGGAUCUGAAGCUGGAUAACAUCCUGUUGGAUGCAGAGGGACACUGUAAGCUGGCAGACUUCGGCAUGUGCAAGGAGGGCAUCAAGAACGGCGUGACCACCACAACCUUCUGUGGCACGCCUGACUACAUCGCCCCUGAGAUCCUUCAGGAGCUGGAGUACGGAGCCUCGGUGGACUGGUGGGCUCUGGGCGUGCUGAUGUACGAGAUGAUGGCCGGGCAGCCUCCGUUUGAAGCUGAUAAUGAAGAUGACUUGUUCGAGUCGAUUCUCCAUGAUGACGUCCUCUACCCCGUGUGGCUCAGCAAAGAAGCAGUUUCUAUCCUCAGAGCGUUCAUGACUAAGAACCCGGCCAAGCGUCUGGGCUGUGUGGUGACGCAGGGCUGCGAGGAGGCCAUCAAAACCCACGCCUUCUUCAGAGAGAUCGACUGGGUGCUGCUGGAGCAGAGGAAGGUCAAACCACCCUUUAAACCCCGAAUUAAGACAAAGCGAGAUGUGAAUAACUUUGACCAGGACUUCACCAAGGAAGACCCCGUGUUGACGCCCACGGACGAGGCCAUCAUCAGACAGAUCAACCAGGAGGAGUUCAAAGACUUCUCCUACUGCGCCCCCGAAGAGGCGCAGACCUAACGCGCACACACACACACACACACACACACACACACACACACACACACACACACACACACACACACACACACACACACACACACACACACACACACACACACACACACACACACAUACACUCACACACACACUGAUCCAAGAAAACAAAAUCCUACACGCACGUAUGCACACUUUGCUGACACUUAUACAUGUGUAGAACCAUAAAUCCCUUUACAAAACACACACACACACACACACACACACACACACACACACACACACACACACACACACACACACACACACACACACACACACACACAGUCCUUUACUUUGAAGCUAUUGGUUGUUGUUACUUUUUGGAAUAUUCUUUACUUGCAUUGUGUUGUACUUGUUGCCUGGGUUUAUUAUGAAUAUAAAUAUGACUAUGAAUAUACACAUCCGCACAUGCUCUCACACACACUUUAAAUACUGAUUUACAGAUAAACCAACACUACAAUCUUGAACUUUACUCUAACACGCUCACUGUACAUGCUCAGACAACCCAAACAAACACACACGCAGACACACGCGCACACACACACACUCUGACACUGCUUCUCUCCCCGGCACCAGGACUGUGCAGUGGGUGCUGGGCAGAGGCCUGUAUAUAGCCUGUGUUGAGUGGCUGUAUUGUGUUGGUAUCGUCUGCUAGUAAAAGAGAGUCGUGGCGCAUGGACAAGUACCCUACCUGUGUUAAUACUGUCCUUAUCAUGGACCAGUUAGGGCCAAAUACCCUUGUGCAAUACCCUGACUAUCAAUAUAUUUUAUUUGUUGUGAUAUUUUUGUCUUUUUUUUCUCCUCAAAAUGUGCAGUAUGAUUGAACUGUUGCGCUCAUCAUCCUCCUGUCUCGUGUGUAUAAAGUGAAUGUCGAGCUUACAAGUUACAGGCUAUUCAACUAAUUAUGUGGAGCAGAGUGUUACAGGCGGCCUGUGUAGCAGCGUAAAGCCCGAUUUCCAGCUCUGUCAUCCAUCUGCUACUCAGAGUGCGUGUCUGCCCGUGGGCGUUUUCUUUUUUCUUUGUCGUGAAUGUACAUUUUCGUACGUGUGAAUGCGUGAUUUUUUUUUUCUUGCUCCUUGUUGGUGUGUGACUUUUCGUCCUCAACAUUUCUGUUUCUAUAGUUACCAUCAGUGUUUUCAGCUCCCCCUCCCCUUCCUUCCCAUCUCCUCCAAAGCACCAGUUUCCCUUUCCUGCCUCCAUCAGCCAUCUCACUCAGCCAAAACCACUCUGACGUUUUAAUUUUCCAGAAUGGCUUUUCGUUCUUAUUGCUAUCUUUCUUUUUUAUUAUAGUAAUUAUUAUUAUUAAUAUUAUUGUAAAGUGUAACUGGAGGAAAUAUUUGUCUAUAAUACUAUAACUAUACUAUCAUAGGUCUGUUACAGCCGGGCGAAAAGAAAUGUGGAAAACCAGCAGCUGAAUUACCUCUCAUUUCAAUCACACACAUAGACAAAAGCACCACAUACAGACUCUCUCCUUCGCCUGAUCUUUCUUCUUCUUCUUCUUCUUCUCACUCUUUCUUACAAACACACAUGCACACACAGAGGAGGACUGUUGUCGCGCGUACUGUACAGUGAUCUGAAGGCCAGCUGAUGGCUCUGUGUGCAGUAGAGUCGGUGUGUAGUGAAGCUUCGUGCACCCAGGGGUAGGGCUGUUCCUGGUCACACUAUCUUACUCUGUGCCAAAAUGUAGUGCAACAGCCAGGCUAGUCCUGUCUGGUCUGAUUCCAAUAAAAACACUGAGCUGUCUACAUCA